AAGACUCUAUUUCAUUUAAAUGACAUGAUCAGGCUGUUUCCUGUUCAAACGGUUUUACUUUCAGUUUUCAGAGUGAAGGAGAAACUGCAUAUUUGGGAACUCUGGUCGAGUCAGUAAUUUCAUAGAAAUGGCUGGAGCUCAUACAGAUCUGAGGAUUGUUCUGCUGGGAAAAACUGGAUCAGGAAAGAGUGCAACUGGAAACACCAUUCUGAACAGAAACAUGUUUCAAGAGAAUGUUGUUACUCAGAUCUGUGUGAGCAGAAAGGCAGUUGUGGGCCAGAAGGCUGUCACAAUAAUCGACACUCCAGGACUCUUUAAUCCAUCAGUGAGUGAAGAGGAACUGGUGACUAAGAUAAAGAAAUGUGCCCGCAUGUGUGCUCCUGGUCCUCAUGUGUUCCUGCUGGUCAUCAGACUGGAUAUGGGACUCACAGACGAGGAGAAGAACAUUGUGACAUGGAUUCAGAAUAACUUUGGAAAUGAUGCUUCACGCUUCGUCUUCAUUCUGUUCACUCAUGCUGAUCAACUGAAUGGUGAAUCUCUGGAUGAGCAUAUCAGAGAAAAUGAUGAUCUUCAGGCACUGAUUAACAGUUGUGGUGGCAGAUAUCACUCAUUCAACAAUAGAAACAGAGCAAACAGAGUUCAGGUCACAGAGCUGAUGCAGGAGCUAGUGCGAUUUGUGCGGGACAACAGCGGUUAUCACUACAAUUUACAGGGGGAUAACAUGCCCCAAGAAGGUAAUAAUGUGGAGUUGGUGGACAAUAUUGUGGUAAUAUUGGGAACAGCGCUUGGAUUAAUACUAUUACUUGCUACAAUGACACUUAAGCGAUAGUAGCAGCAAUGAACAAACAGGGUUAGACAAUAGAUCUGUUCAGUCAGUUUGUAGGAAGGUUAUUUCGCCUUGAGUUACUUCUGGAAUUUCCAAUGGAUUUUUGGAGGUUUUCGAUUUUUCAGUAAAUUAAGUACCCCGUUUUACAUUACUUGAAGAAAUGUUCACGUUUUGUUCUACGACAUAAAAUCAUGAAGGUAAUUUGCGAUUAAAUUGUACAUAUGUACUACAAUGACAUUCAACGAUUAGUCAAGCAUGUAAACUCAAAUAAUUGUGGUAGUUGCAGCCCAUAUUUAACUUUCUAGGAACUUAAAAAAACCCAGUGGCUUAUUGUUUAAAAAAACAGCUGCAAAAUCAAUAUGAUAAUAGACGCCAAUAUUGAAUAAAUUGUUUUAUUAUUAUUAUUAUUAUUAAUAAUAAUUAUAUAAUGGCAACAACAGCAAUAUGAUGAGAUGCUAAUGUUAAUUUACCAUUUAAUUUACUAUUAAUAAUUAUCAGAAUAAGUGAUAAAUAGAAUGCAUAAAUAUAUAUAUAUAUAUAUAUAUAUAUAUAUAUAUAUAUAUAUAUAUAUAUAUUUACAGAAUUUAGAAUUUAGUUUUAUAAUAAUGACAAAUAUCAUUGUCAUAUAAAAAGUUGAAUUUGGCGAUUGAAAUAUAGCCGACAUGUUUAUUCUGCAUUAACUAUGAUGUCAUAGAAUGCUUUAUUAUCUUAACAUUAAACGGUAAACUGGUUUAAUCACAAAUAGCAAGUAGAAAAGUAUCUUAUAUAUGACCUUUGUAAUUAAGAUUAUAAUUAACAGUUAACACUGUAAGUGGUCAUAAUAUGGAAUUCUGUUUCGUUUCCAUUUCUAUACCUGCCAGGAAACCAAUGGCAAUAAACCAACUUUGACUUGAUGUCUAAAGAUAAUAGGUGACCUGAGACAGCAUGACACACAAAUUUAUAACCAUUCACUUUAGCACUUUAAUAAACUUAUUUAGUAGUGGUUGUCUUCUUCUUUAUAAGCUUAAUGUAUUGCCUUAUUUUCUGUGAAAAAUUCCUUUUAUCUUAUUGUUGUUAGCCACCUUAGUGGAGUGGUGGUGGCAUAGUGGACUAAAGCACUGAAUUAGUAAGUAGACGGUUGUUGGUUCAAUCCCCACAGCCACCAGCAUUGUGCUCUUGAGGUAGAACUCCAGGUUGCUCCAGGGGGAUUGUCCCUGUAAUAAGUUCACUGUACAUCACUUUGGAUAAAAGCAUCUGCCAAAUGCAUGAAUGUAAAUGUUAGUGACAAGAAAGCUUCUCUGAUUGGUCAUUUAUAUUGUAUUUUUUUAACAUUGCUUUUUAAACGAAUAAUUCAGGCUUUUUCUUACAAGAUACGGCAGUGUGCUAGAUUUUUUUUCUUCUUUUUUCUUCAUAAUAAAUUAUCCUGUUUAUGAAAAUGAACAAGGAAUAUGACUGAGUCUUUUCUGCUACUCAUCAUGAAGCAACAGCAUACUUGAUUGUCACUUUGAUUAUUAUUUUUCCCACAUCAGUCAAAAUUAUUCUGCAAAAUCUGUCAAAUAAAUUGUAGUCAUUUCUCAGCAUCUCUA